GGAUGUGGUUCGCUGUUGUGCGUCAAACUUGUCAACAUGCAGCUCGGGUCAUCUUGACUUUGGACCUUGCUGGUGGCCAAAAGUGGAGGAGAUGCCACGUGGGAUUGCGGCAUCAAAAAGUUUCAACGCCUCCACUGACCACUGCCUCACAAAGUUAUUGAAGUGGUCGAUGUGCUCGCUCGACAAGGCAACAAACGACAACUAGGUCGUUCAACCCCACCUCAAACACACUCAAAAUGGCCAAGAUCAAGAAGAGGGGAGAGUCCGGAGCGGCCAAGAACUACGUCACGCGUAAUCAGGCGCUCAAGAAGCUCCAGAUCUCGCUGUCCGACUUCCGUCGCCUGUGUAUCCUCAAGGGUAUCUACCCUCGUGACCCUCUGCACAAGAAGCGCGCCAACAAGGGUUCGUCGGCGCCCGCCUCGUUCUACUACUACAAGGACAUCCAGUACCUCCUCCACGAGCCGCUCCUUGUCAAGUUCCGUGAGCACAAGGCGUUCGCCAAGAAGCUCGCGCGCGCCGUCGGCCGUGGCGAGUGGGGCCUGGCCAAGAACCUCGAGGCUAGCAAGCCCGUCACCCGUCUCGACCACCUCGUCAAGGAGCGCUACCCCACGUUCACGCUCGCGCUCCAGGACAUGCAGGACCCGCUCAACCUCGUCCACCUGUUCUCGACCCUGCCCACCAACCCUAUCCCCGGCAAGACGCUUGUCCCGACCGAGGUUAUCGCCGAGUGCAGCCGCCUGAUCAACGAGUGGAAGGUGUGGGCUAUCCGCACCCACUCGCUCCGCAAGGUGUUCCUCGGUGUCAAGGGUGUCUACUACGAGGCCGAGGUCCCCGGCCACAGCGGCGACCUGAUCAAGGUCCGCUGGCUCGAGAGCUACGAGUUCCAGCAGCACGUUCCCCACGACGUCGACUUUCGCAUUCUCCUGACCUUCCUCGAGCUCUACCGCACCCUCAUCGGCUUUGUCCUGUUCAAGCUCUACACUGAGGAGAACCUCGUCUACCCCCCUCCCCUCGACGUCGCGCAGGACGCCGCUGGAGAGACUGUUGGCGCCUUUAGGCUCGUUGAGAACAAGGCGACUGGUGCUGCGGGAGCCAAGGGCGUGUCCAAGAAGGCCGUCAAGCGCGCCAUCCAGGGCCUGGCCGCGCGCGCCGUCACCGUCGAGGACGAGGAUGUCGAGAUGGAGGAGGAGGCUGAGGCUGAGGACGAGGACUUUGUUGAGCGGCCAUCCAAGGCCGCCGAGGUCGAGGAUGUUGGACCUGCCGCUCCCCUCCCGACCUACACCUCUUUGGUGGCCUCGUCUGCCCCCACAACGUCGCGCUCUCAGCUGCUCUUCGCCCCCUACACCUUUUACCUCUCGCGCGAGACGUCGUCAAGGACAUGGGAGUUUGUCAUCCGUGCGCUCGGUGGCAAGGUCGUCACCUCGCUCACGGCUCCUUCCCUGGAGAACGCGCCCGGAGCCGACAGCAUCACGCACGUUCUCAUCGACAGGCCGAUGACCGACGAGCGGAGGCGAGAGCUCGAGGCCGGCAGGAAAUGGACCUGGGUGCAGCCCCAGUGGGUCGCCGACUGCGUCAACCGCGGAAAGGUGCUCGCUACGGCCGAGUACGCUCCUGGACAGCUCCUCCCCCCUCACUUGAGUCCUUGGGACGGUGAGGGCGAGGCCGAGCGCCCCUGGCUCGGCAUUGGCACGACAACGGAGGGCGGCGAGGAGGCCGCUGCCGAAGAGGCCGAGGAGGAGGAGGAUGAGGAGGAUGAGGACGAGGACGAGGCCGCUCCCGAGUUCCCUCCCGCACUGCUCGAGUCGGCCAAGAACCCGUCUGACGCUUCGCUUCUGCACGCGGCCGAGCUCGAGGCCGAGGCCAACGGCACGUCGCACGCUGCCUUCAAGGCCCAGCUCAAGGAGGCGACCAAGCUGCACGGCAGCGCAGCCAAGGCUCAGGCCAAGGCCAACGGCCGACCCGACGAGGACCUGCGCAAGAUCAUGAUGUCCAACAAGAAGGCCAAGCUCUACGAGAAGAUGAAGUACUCGAACGCGGAGCGCGCAGCCGAGGCCGAGAAGCUCGAGACGCGCCGAAAGGAGAUUGCCAAGCGCAAGCGCAAGGAGGCGAAGAAGUAGGGUGGCGGGGAUUAGUGUGGUGCGCUGGGGCGGCGGUGAGGCGACUAGAGGUGCGGGGUUCAUGCAUUCUGUAUACCAU